AUGAUUUUGUAUGAUGAUCAUCAUAACCAUGAUGUUGAUCAUCGGAUUGGAAAUCCAUAUUAUAGAUUUGAAGAGUUGAAACAAUUGUGGAUUGGAAAUUCCGAUUGGAAGAUGGAAUGUAAGAUUAAAGUAAAUAGUAAGAAUCAGAGAGCAAUGUUUUUGGUAUUUGAAGGUGUGGACACAGUCGCAGAUAUCAAGAUAAAAAGAAAUGAUAAUGGACAAGUAGUUGUAUUGGAAAAACAGGUAGAUAAUAUGUUUCAAUACUAUGCAUUGGAUGUUUCUAAAUGCUUGAGUGGAUGUGAUGAGUUUUCCAUUGAGGUUUUAUUGAAAUCAGCUCUACAGGAAUGCAGGGAACGAUUGCAAAGACAUUAUGAAGAGGAACAGUAUGAAAUUCCUUGCCCUUCCUACACUCGAGAUUUCCACACAAGAGGAAGGAAUUUUCUGAGAAAGGAGGGAUGUUCAUUUGGAUGGGAUUGGGCUCCUUGUUUUGCCACUUCUGGCCUUCACAGACCUUGUUACUUGGUUGUUUCAUCCAAUGAAGUGGAAUAUUCCUCUUUCAUUAAGGAUGUGGCUGUAUUUCAGAGGGAUUUUAAAUUUAAUAGAGUUGGAUCUGUGACUUGUGAAUCUCUGAAUGCAAAUGUAAAAGUUUACUUGCACGGAAAUUAUUUGAAUUAUCAGGAUUUGAGAAAGGAUAUCAAUUCCAUUCAAUGGAAAUUGCAUAAGGAAGGUUUCGAAUUAACUAAUACAGUAACUGAAUGGAUGAUUUCAAAAGAUGAAGAGUUGGAAAAUACUUUUAUUAUAACCUUUGCAAUUGAAUCUUUGAAAGAUGUUGAAUUGUGGUAUCCUAAUGGUUAUGGAUCUCAAGCACUGUACAAUUUUGAAAUAAUAAUUGAUGGACCAAAUGCUCAAUCCAAAUCCACCAAUCUCGGAUUUAGAAAAGUAGAGUUGGAUACUUCUAAAGAUGAAUUUGGAGAGAAAUUCCAAUUCAAAGUAAAUGAAAUUCCCAUCUAUGCCAAGGGAAGUAACUGGAUUCCUACCGACUGUUUCUCUUCACGUUCCAUGAAAGGAAAAGAUCACCUGGAAUUCCUCUUGAAGAGUGCACACGAUUGCCACAUGAAUUGUAUGAGAGUUUGGGGAGGUGGUCAAUAUGAAUCAGAGCAUUUCUAUAACUUGUGCGAUAAGUAUGGUAUUCUGUUGUGGCAUGACUUGAUGUUUGCAUGUUCUCUGUAUCCAUCUUCUCCUGAGUUUCUGGAGACUUGUCGUGUAGAGGCAGUUCAACAAUUGAGAAGAUUACAGCAUCAUCCAUGCAUUGCUCUGUAUGCAGGAAAUAACGAGAAUGAGGAAGCUCUCCUUUCUUGGCCAGAAUGUAUUGAAUCUCCUCACAAACAACGACUCUUUGUCGAUUAUCAUAAGCUCUAUUAUGAUACUCUGCAUAGAGUAGUAUCGAAGGAGGAUAACUCGAGACCUUAUUGGCCUAGCAGCCCAUCGAAUGGUAUCAUGAAGUAUGGCAAUCCUCAAGAUCUCACUAGAGGUGACGCUCAUUAUUGGAGGGUGUGGCACGGAGGAAAAUCAUUUGAUAAUUAUCUCACUGUAACUCCAAGAUUUAGUUCAGAAUUUGGAUUUCAAUCAUUGCCAAGUUAUGAAUCUUUAAUUCCAUUCAUUAAUGAUCCCAACUCGCUAGAUCAAUCACAAGAUGCUAACAUCUCCUCUCCAGUGAUGGAAUUCAGACAGAGAAGCUAUAUGGUAGGAAAUAAGUGUAUUUUGGAACAUGUAUCUAGAGAAUUUAGAUUCCCAAAGAGCUUCAAAGAACUGGUGUACAUUUCUCAAAUCUUACAAGGUCUCUCUAUCAAGACAGCAUGUGAACACUGGAGAAGACAAAGCAAGAUUUGUUCUGGUGUCUUGUAUUGGCAAUUGAAUGAUGCUUGGGUUGGAAACUCUUGGUCAAGUUUGGAGUGGAACGGAAAGUGGAAACUUUUACAAUAUUAUGCAAGAGAUUUUCUAGCACCUUCACUAUUGUCUUGUGUGGAAAAUAAGGAGAAUGCUUGUCUGGAUAUUUGGUUCACUACAGAUUCAUUACAAUCCCUGAAAUUGAGCAAGUUAACAAUUGAAUUGAUUUCCUUUGGGAAUGGUACACAAUUACUCAAAAAGGUAAUUGAUAUUGAGAAGCAAGUUGCAGAAGCAUCUAGCCAAAUAAUUUAUUCGCUAGACAUUAAGGAAGUUGAAAAGAGUAGAACUAAAGGAUUUUUGAAAUUCAAAUUGGAUGUAACAGGUCAAGAAUCAAUUGCCAAUUACCAUUUCCUGACAGAGUUGAAAAAGGCCACUCUCAACUAUAGUCCUGUGCGUGUUGCAUCUCUUGUGGAGGACGAUACCAAUACCUUUCUGGAAAUGGAAUUGGAAUGUGGAUCUACUGCACCAUCGUUAUUUACCUACAUUGUUAUUGAGAAUGACAGUCAAGAUACCACCUCUAAAACCUCUCUCGAAUUUGAUUUGGAUCAUUUGAGUGAUAAUGGUUUCCAUCUUAUGCCAGGAGAAGUGAAGAAGAUUACCAUUCACAAGAGACCUAGUUGGAGAGGCACCUCGUCUCAAUACGCACCACUCAUUCAUAUUAUGAAUUUGAGAGAUAGUUAUUAA